UGUCGUCUGUGGUGGAAAUGGCAUGGUUGUUCCGACCCCCAGGGCGCACAAGGUGGCCUGGCCUGCCAGCUUCUUUGUCACAUCAGAGUAUGGCACAGCCAUGCCUGCUGCCUGGGGACGCCAGGGGCUUCCCCCGAGGUGGGGAGUGUGCAUGUGUGGCUGAGGCGGCUCCCUGCUUGAGGCCAGACUCCGGGUCCCCUCCCCCUUGGGAGGGGGCACAAGGGCCCUCCUGGGCAGCACCCAAGGAAGAGGGGCCAGCAGGGCUAUGGGAAGAAGGGCGCCCUCCCCCACCCCCGGAGACCCAAGCAUGGGGCAUGGGGUGAGGAGGCCCUGUCUCCACGGCAGAGGAGGGACACGGGUGCUGCCUGUCUCCCCUUCUUCUCUCGGCGGACCCUGGCCUGCUUCCAGAGCCUUUCUAUUAAGCUGCCAGAAAGAACUUCUCCGAGUCCCAUCUGGAGACUGGGGUAGCCAGGGCUGCAGCAGGUGAAGGGCGCUGUGUUGUGGCACCAGCUGGGCCUUCUGGAAGAGCUCCCUGUCCCAGCUGGGCAGCCUGGAGCUCCCUGGCACAACCUUCACCUGGGGCUGUCUUGGCAGUCUGCAAUUUCAUGUCCCAUGAGAAGUGCCUGAAGCUCGUGAGGAUCCCGUGCACGAGUGUGGCGCCCAGCCUGGUCCGGGUUCCCGUGGCCCACUGCUUCAGCCCCCGGGGGCUCCACAAGCGCAAGUUCUGUGCUGUCUGCCGCAAAGUCCUGGAGGCGCCUGCGCUCCACUGCGAAGUGUGUGAGCUGCACCUCCACCCAGACUGUGUGCCCUUCGCCUGCAGUGACUGCCGCCAGUGCCACCAGGAUGGGCACCAGGAUCACGACACCCAUCACCACCACUGGCGGGAGGGGAACCUGCCCUCAGGAGCGCGCUGCGAGGUCUGCAGGAAGACGUGCGGCUCUUCUGACGUGCUGGCCGGAGUGCGCUGCGAGUGGUGCGGGGUCCAGGCGCACUCCGUCUGCUCCGCGGUGCUGGCUCCCGAGUGCGGCUUCGGGCGUCUGCGCUCCCUGGUCCUGCCCCCGGCGUGCGUGCGCCUCCUGCCCGGUGGCUUCAGCAAGACGCAGAGCUUCCGCAUCGCGGAGGCGGUGGAGCCGGGCGAGGGAGGCGAUGGCGCCGACGGGAGCGCUGCCGUGGGUCCAGGCAGAGAGACACCGGCGACUCCGGAGUCCGGGAAGCAAACGCUGAAAAUCUUUGAUGGUGACGACGCGGUGAGGAGAAGCCAGUUCCGCCUCAUCACGGUGUCCCGCCUGGCCAGUGCCGAGGAGGUGCUGGAGGCCGCGCUUCGGGUCCACCACAUCCCCGAGGACCCUGGCCACCUGGAGCUGUGCCCGCUGCCCCCUUCCUUGAAGGCCUGUGACACCUGGGCUGGGGGCAAGGCUGGGAGUGCUGUGAUUUCGGAGGAGGGCAGAAGCCCUGGGUCCGGCGAGGCCACACCAGAGGCCUGGGUCAUCCGGGCUCUGCCGCGGGCCCAGGAGGUCCUGAAGAUCUACCCUGGCUGGCUCAAGGUGGGCGUGGCCUAUGUAUCCGUGCGAGUGACCCCGAAGAGCACAGCCCGCUCCGUGGUGCUGGAGGUCCUGCCGCUGCUCGGCCGCCAGGCCGAGGGUCCUGAGAGCUUCCAGCUGGUGGAGGUGGCGAUGGGCUGCAGGCAGGUGCAGCGGACAGCGCUGAUGGACGAACAGCCGUUGCUGGACCGGCUACAGGACAUCCGGCAGAUGUCCGUGCGACAGGUGAGCCAGACGCGGUUCUACGUGGCAGAGAGCAGGGAUGUAGCCCCGCACGUCUCCCUGUUUGUUGGCGGCCUGCCUCCCGGCCUGUCCCCCGAGGAGUACAGCAGCCUGCUGCAUGAGGCCGUGGCUACCAAAGCCACCGUGGUGUCUGUGAGUCACGUCUACUCCUCCCAAGGCGCAGUAGUGCUGGAUGUCACCUGCUUUUCGGAGGCCGAGCGGCUGUACGUGCUGCUCAAGGACAUGGCUGUGCGGGGCCGGCCGCUCACUGCACUGGUGCUCCCCGACCUGCUGCACGCGAAGCUGCCCCCAGACAGCUGUCCCCUCCUUGUGUUCGUGAACCCCAAGAGUGGAGGCCUCAAGGGCCGAGACCUGCUCUGCAGCUUCCGGAAGCUACUGAACCCUCACCAGGUUUUCGACCUGACCAACGGGGGUCCCCUUCCUGGGCUCCACCUGUUCUCCCAGGUGCCCUGCUUCCGGGUGCUGGUGUGCGGUGGCGACGGCACGGUGGGCUGGGUGCUCGGCGCCCUGGAGGAGACACGGUACCGACUGGCCUGCCCGGAGCCUUCUGUGGCCAUCCUGCCCCUGGGCACAGGGAAUGACCUUGGCCGAGUCCUCCGCUGGGGGGCAGGCUACAGCGGCGAGGACCCACUGUCCGUGCUGCUCUCCGUGGACGAGGCCGACGCCGUGCUCAUGGACCGCUGGACCAUCCUGCUGGACGCCCACGAUGCUGCCAGUGCAGAGAAUGGCACCGCAGACGCAGAGCCCCCCAAGAUCGUGCAGAUGAGUAACUACUGUGGCAUUGGCAUCGAUGCGGAGCUGAGCCUGGACUUCCACCAGGCGCGGGAAGAGGAGCCUGGCAAGUUCACAAGCAGGCUGCACAACAAGGGUGUGUACGUGCGGGUGGGGCUGCAGAAGAUCAGUCACUCUCGGAGCCUGCACAAGCAGAUCCGGCUGCAGGUGGAGCGGCAGGAGGUGGAGCUGCCCAGUAUCGAAGGCCUGAUCUUCAUCAACAUUCCCAGCUGGGGUUCCGGGGCCGACCUGUGGGGCUCAGACAGCGACGCCAGGUUUGAGAAGCCGCGCAUGGAUGAUGGGCUGCUGGAGGUGGUGGGCGUGACGGGCGUCGUGCACAUGGGCCAGGUCCAGGGUGGGCUGCGCUCUGGGAUCCGGAUUGCCCAGGGUUCCUACUUCCGGGUCACACUCCUCAAGGCCACCCCGGUGCAGGUGGACGGGGAGCCCUGGGUCCAGGCCCCGGGGCACAUGAUCAUCUCAGCUGCUGGCCCUAAGGUACGUGGGGUGAGGCUGGAGAACCAGGAGAGGUGGGCCAGGCUGGGCCGGUUGUGGGAGUGGCCGGUGGUACCUGGGUGGUGCUGGCAUGGCCUGCUGUGGCCCUGGUCUUCCUUGACUCCGGGGAGGGUGCCUGCCUCAGAGGAAGGCUGUGCCAGCGGUCAGGCAGGCGACAGGUGGCACAGGGAGCAGCCAGGCAGGUCCCUCCCCUUCCGUGAACUGAGAUGGCGUCAGCUGCCCGGGGCCCAAGGACUUGGGGUUGCCCGUGUACUGUUCUUUCAUCGGCCGUGUCACCCUGGCCCUCUGCCCCCUGCCCCGGGACAGGUCCACAUGCUGAGGAAGGCCAAGCAGAAGCCGAAGAGAGCCGCGACCACCAGGGACGCCCGGGCGGACGCGCCUGCCCCUGAGGGCGAUCCUAGUUGGUCUAGAGGCAGCUCCACGUCCACACUGUGGCCGGCCUUGUGGUUGGACCUGGCUACAGCCCUGACCGCAUCAUCUUCCUGGGGCCAGAGCAGGACCAGCCCUCAUCCCACUGGAGACUGCUGUGUGGGUGGCAGUGUUUCCCCGUGUCCCGAGUGGGCACAGGGCUCUGGCGGGUGAGCCCUCUGCCCUGUGGGGGCCUGGUCCUCUCCUCAGGGGUGGGCACUCAUCCCUCCAUACCUCUCCCUGCCAAGCCCCUUGAGCUGGAGAGUGCUGGACGCUGGCCGUCCAGGUGGGUCUGACCUCGCUUUGUGUCCCUCAGGCCUUCCCCCUGGCCAGUCUUUCAGAGCAGCAGGCUCCCUGGUGUGUCCUUACCCCCAGCAGACACAGGCUGCCAGCCCCUCCAGCCUCCCCUCCCUGGACAGCAGGUGUGGGCAGUCCCUGGUGGGCAGCGUCGGGCUGCUGGGUGGUUGUGACUGGUGACUUCCUUGUGUUGGGGGAAGAGAGAAGGUGCCUUCCCUUGUUUUCGGCCUUGUUAUAUACAGAUGGCAGCUUGGACCCCAGGGACAGCUGCAGGGGCACAGUGCCCAGCUGGGCCUGGUGGCCCUUCCCUAGUGCCUGUGCUGGGGGAGGAGAACCUCUGUCGUGUGGAGGCCAGGAGGUCUCAGGUACUGCCCUGGCAGCACCAGAAUGUGGGCCGGGCCCAAGUGUCUGCCCCUCGGCCCUCAGGGUUGGGCAUUUAGCACCCAGAAGAGACCAAAAGCAGGACAUGGCGGUGCGGAGGAGUUUGUGGAGGCGGAGACAGCUCCACGCAUGUGGCGGAGGAGCUGGCUUUCAGCCCCAGACCCCAUGCUAGCACUUUCCACGCUGCUUGCUCCCUGCUGACAUGCAGUUCCCAGUGUCUGUGUGAGCCGACAUCUGCUCAGUCCUAUCCCUCGUCAGCAUGUGGAGACCCAGCUCCCGCAGCACCCCUGCUCCCACGUCCCCCAGACAGCUUGGUGGAGGGUCCUGCGUCUGGGCCAGGCUGGGGUGCACCCAGUCAAAAGACAGCUGCCUCCACGUGCCCAAGGAUUCAGAUGGUGCACUGGCCCCAGGAGGAGUCUGACCAAAAAUGGAGCCAGCCCUGUGGGAAGCCCUGACUCCCCCCACGAGAAACAGGCCCAUGGUGAGGAUGUCCCCCUUCCCCUUGUGGGGCACAGCUGGCCUGGGCCUCCGAUUCUGGGGAGCUUUCGGGGUGUGGCCUUGACCUCAGAAGUGGCUCUGGUUUGGCCUCAGGAGUGUGUGGCCUGGCCCAGCCUGCUGCAGCCUCCUGGGGGACCCUUGGUGCCACUAAUCCUGACCCCCCCGCUUCUGCCAAAAUUGCACAGACACAUGCAUUGUAAGGCCUGCUCACGGCCUCACGUGUGCACUCUUGUUUACGUCAUCGUCAAGACCAGUCCUUCAUUUGUGAUUAGUUUUGCUUCGCGAGCCCUGGUGUGGACUGUGGUGUGUAUGAAUCGUGUGUAACUGUGGUGAGGGGCUUGUCCUGUAUGUGAAUGAGUCUGUACCCAGGUGAGCUCUGUGCCCUGUACACCAACCGGGCCCCUCUGUAUUUAUCGCUGCCUGAAUGCAACAGUAAUUUAUAUCUGGGACAAAUACAGUUUGGGCAUCACUGUCCUGCCA